AUGAUUGCCCACUUCCACUUUUGUGAGUCUAUUCCGGCUAAAAAGGCCGAUUUACACUCCUUUAUUACUUUGGAAGAGACCAUGGACCUUCCCUCAGCUGAGGAAGUCGAUGCUUUAUCUGAUGUUUUAAUUUCCGAAUGUCCAGAGACUUUAAGAUUAGAGGCGGCUGGAAUUGAAAUUCUUGAUCGGCUCUAUGGUACUGAGCAGAGUAGUGCCACACGUGAGGUUAAGUGCAAGGGUGUGAUUAGGGACGAGUGUCGUAUUUGA